AGACAGCUUCUGACUCUCCCAUUGCGAAGGUCCUUCCUCACGCCCGUCACCCCCCUCACCAGUCGCAUUAGUCGCCCACUGCACUGCUCAUCCGCAGCCAUGUCCGGUGUCAACAAGGCCUGUUGCUCCAUUCCCCCAAUUGUUGCCAAGGGCUACCAGGCCAAGGGUGAAUACAAGACCAUCAAUGGCUUGAAGACCUAUGUGACCGGUCCCGAAUCAGCCACCAAGGCAAUCCUCGUCAUCUACGAACCACACCACCGUCCAGACAUCUUCGGUUUCUUCGACCAGACCAUCCAGGGUGCCGACAUCCUGGCCACCGCGAGCGAACAAAAAUACCGCGUGUUCAUUCCCGACUUCUUCCAGGGCGAGCCCGCCGACAUCACCUGGUUCCCGCCUCAGACCGAGGAACACAAGCAGAAGUUAGGCAAAUUCUUCCAGACCAAGGCCGCUCCUCCCGAGAACCUACCCAAGAUCCCCUCGAUUGUGUCGGAGGCCAACAAGCUCGCCGCUGGCGGUGGCUUCCAGUCCUGGUCCAUCCUCGGAUACUGCUGGGGAGGCAAGAUCGCGACCCUGGCUUCGAACCAGGAUAACAAGGUUUUCAAGGCCGCAGUGCAAUGCCACCCGGCGAUGCUGGACCCCAACGAUGCUAAGAGUGUCAACGUCCCCAUGGCCGUGCUGGCCUCCAAGGACGAGAACCCCAAGGAUGUGGAGGCGUUUGGAGCCAAUCUGACGCAGGCCAACUACGUUGAAACAUUCUCGACACAAAUCCACGGAUGGAUGGCUGCUCGCUCGAAUCUCGAGGACGACGAGGUGCGCAAGGAGUACGAGAGGGGAUACCGGACGGCUUUGGACUUCCUUCAGAAGCAUGCGUGA